GUCCUUGACUCCCAAUCAAUCCUCAUCUCUCUCUUUCUCUCUCUUCGGCCUGUCGUUUUCAUUCGGCAAAUUGGGACUGCGUCUGCUUUUGGAGGAAAAGCGUUGGUCUUUGUGUUUGUGGUGAUUCAGAUAUGCACAUUCCAUCACCUCCCCGGCAUAACCCCGUACCCUCCAUAUUAGUAUACCCUUUGAGGAGGAGGAGGAAUCGCCAUUAAAUGAAUCUUCCCCUCAUCUUAUCUUCAUCCGUACUCUGAGCCCUAAUCUCUGUCUGUCGCAGUUUCAAGCUCUACUCCCUUCCCUGCUCAUUGCCGGAGCUCUGUUCUGAGCUUGCAGGGCGGAUAAAGAGAACCGUUUUGAUCCAUGUCGGUGCCAGGAGCUUGGCCUAAUCAGUCCCGCAGCGCCCGAUAGCAUUUCCUACUGAUUGCCCGCCUGAUUUGGCUGCCGUAAAACCCUACUACAGAUGGACACCCCGCCAGCGGAGGAGCUCCUUAAGAAGAUCCAGGAGCUCGAAGCUGGCCAAGCUCAGCUCAAGCAGGAAAUGUCGAGUCUCAGGCUGUCCGAUCCCAGGCCCCACCACCACACCCGCCAGAGGUCCCACUCGAUAUCCCCCCAGCGGACGAGGCUGGCAGCGGCUGCUAUCACGCGGCGGAGGAGCGGUGGAAUCGAGACCCGGACGGCUUGGCGGCAGGGCUCGGCCUCGUUCUCCCACUCCUCGCCGCUGCAGAGAGAGAGCCGCAGCCUCGAUCCUCCGAAUGAGGAAGGCGGCGACGACGGUCCGUCGGCGACCAAGUUCACGGAUAAGCAGUAUUUGAAUAUCUUGGAGUGUAUGGGACAAUCUGUCCAUAUAUUCGAUCUCAGCGGUCGCAUAAUCUACUGGAACCGAACUGCUGAAAACCUAUAUGGUUACUCUGCUGCAGAAGCCCUUGGAAAGGAUGCCAUCGAACUUGUAGUCGAUCCCCAGGACUUUGGUGUAGUUAACAUGAUUGUGAACCGUGUCAUGAUGGGGGAGCGCUGGACUGGACAGAUCCCCGUCAAGAAUAAGAUGGGAGAAAGAUUUUCAGCAGUUGCAACGAAUACUCCAUUUUACGAUGACUAUGAUACUUUGGUCGGGAUAAUUUGUGUGUCGAGCGAUUCAAGGCCUUUUCAGGAAAACAGGAUUGCAGCCCCUGAUUCAAGACAGAUGGAAACAGAUACAGGCCUUAGUCGACUCAAAAACACAGCUACAACCAAGCUCGGUCUCGAUUCCCAGCAGCCUCUUCAAGCUGCAAUUGCCUCUAAAAUAUCUAAUUUGGCAUUCAAGGUUAGCAACAAAGUGAAGUCAAAGAUUCGGACGGCAGAUAAUAACACGGACCGUGAAAGUGAGGCUGGUGAUGCUCCUCACUUGGAUCAUGGGUUUUCUGAUGAUCAUAGGGAUGAUGCUGCUUCAAGUGGAGCUAGCACACCCAGGGGAGAUGUACCUCCAUCUUCUUUCGGUGCAUACUCUCAAUCGGAUGAAAGGUCUCCAGGAAAACCCCAAAGAGAUUCUGGUGACGAGAGUGAUAAACUUGCACUUCACAAGUUACUUACAUCAAAGGCAGAGGCAUGGAUUGGUAAACAGGGUUUAACCUGGCCAUGGAAAGGAAAUGACCGUGAGGCUGAGGCUAGAGCUGAACAAUCUGACUUGCCUUUUUUGCAUAAUAGUCAAGAAAAUGAGUCCAUACAGCUGAGAAAUUCCUCCGGUGCUAAAUCAGAAAGUCAUGCUGGUGAAGGUAACCGUUCUGGAAACAAUGAAGCAACAGGUUCUUGGUCAUCUGUUAAUGUUAACAGCACGAGCAGCGCCAGUAGCUGUGGUAGCACUAGCAGCAGUGCCAUUAAUAAGGUGGACAUGGAAACUGAUUGCUUGGACUACGAGAUUUUGUGGGAAGACUUGGCCAUUGGAGAACAGAUUGGGCAAGGUUCUUGUGGAACUGUCUAUCAUGCACUGUGGUAUGGAUCAGAUGUUGCAGUUAAAGUAUUCUCCAAGCAAGAGUACUCUGAAGAUGUGAUCCAUUCUUUUAGACAAGAGGUCUCCCUCAUGAAAAGACUUCGGCAUCCCAAUGUUUUGCUCUUUAUGGGAGCAGUGACUUCUCCUCAACGACUCUGCAUAGUGACGGAGUUCCUCCCACGUGGAAGUAUGUUUCGCUUGCUACAGAGGAACAUGGGCAAAAUAGAUUGGAGACGGCGUGUCCACAUGGCUUUGGACAUAGCAAGAGGCAUGAAUUAUCUGCAUCAUUUCAACCCACCGAUCAUUCAUCGUGAUUUGAAGUCCUCAAAUUUAUUAGUGGACAGAAAUUGGAAUGUGAAGGUGGCUGAUUUUGGUCUGUCACGUCUCAAACAUGAAACUUUUCUCACAACCAAAACUGGAAAGGGAACGCCUCAAUGGAUGGCACCAGAAGUUCUUCGUCAUGAGCCUUCGGAUGAGAAAUCUGAUGUAUACAGCUUUGGAGUGAUAAUGUGGGAGCUUGCAACUGAGAAGAUCCCUUGGGAUAAUCUCAACUCAAUGCAGGUGAUUGGCGCAGUGGGGUUUAUGAACCAGCGGCUUGACAUCCCAAAAGACUUGGAUCCUCGGUGGGCAUCAAUAAUGGAGAGCUGCUGGCACAAUGAUCCUCAGAGCCGGCCAAGCUUCCAGGAACUGUUGGAAAAGCUCAAAGAUCUCCAGAGACGGUAUGCCUUACAGUUCCAAGCUGCCCGCUCUGCUGCUGCAGAUGCUGCCCAAAGAGAUCAGCCAUAAAAACAUCAUGUGGCAUAAGGCGCUUGGUACGGGUCUGAUCUUUUCACCAGAGAUUCUUAGGGAGCCAUUACCCUUAUGGUAUCCUAGCAAGUCUUUGAUUGCAUUGGCGGGAUCAGAAUUUGGAUUAAGCCAUGACGAGUUCAGUCGUGGAGUUUGGAGGUUCUGGCCUAUAGGUUCCUUUGGGCCAAAUCAAUCCCAGCCAUUGAUGACUAAUGAUUCGCGGUGAUCGAUGGUUGUGAUUGACCCAGUAUAGAGAAAUUUCUCUUCUAGGCUGGGCAUAAGUUGUAAAACUUUGGCUUGGAGCCACAUUUUUAGUUCAACCGAGGGAAAAGCCGGAGUAAAUGCUUGCCAAUUCUGAGGGCAGCACCUGUUCCGAUUGGGGAGAAUCAGUCGAGUUUGUGGUGUUUGUUUAUUCAAUUUGAGUCGCAAUGAUAUCGUGACAAUUUGUUUUGAAGUGCUGCGUGCCAUUGGCAUGGAGCCUCUUCUUCGAUUCAGUCCAUUUGUGAUUUCAUAUGUAGGAGGUGAGUGAUUUUAGGAAGGACUCAGAUAGAGAACUGUACAAAGAUUGAAGUAAUUGCUUCAGAGGUACAUUACAGAAGUAAAACAGAGUUUGAAUGGUCAACUUCUCUGCA